AUGACUCGACUCCCUGCCUGGGGCAUGCUCGGUGCUGCUUCCGUGGCUUCUGCAGCUCUUACAAGUCAGGAUGCUUUCCGAGCUCACUGCUCGCAAUUCGCACAUCAAAUUGAUAUUCCUAAUGUCAAGGUCAACAUGGCUGAAUUCGUCCCUGGCGGCACCAAUUUGUCUUUGCCAGACAACGCAGCCAGCUGCAAUGCGCCAUAUCAGGUUGUGUCGGUAGAUGUAUGCCGAGUGGCCAUGGCUGUCUCGACAUCGAACAGCAGUGAAAUCACGCUGGAGGCCUGGUUUCCGCGUGAUUAUCAAGGCCGCUUCUUAAGCACAGGAAAUGGCGGUCUUUCAGGCUGUAUCCAAUACUACGAUUUGGCUUACACUGCGCAACUUGGCUUUGCUACGGUUGGUGCCAAUAACGGUCACAAUGGUACUUCUGGCGAGCCAUUCUUGAACCACCCAGAGGUGCUGGAGGACUUUGUCUACCGCUCCCUCCACACGGGCGUCGUAGUUGGCAAAGAGCUCACCCAGCGUUUUUACGAAGAAGGGUUCAAGAAGACCUACUACCUAGGCUGUUCCACGGGUGGUCGCCAAGGGUGGAAAUCCAUCCAGAAGUAUCCAAAUGACUUUGAUGGUGUGGUUGCCGGGGCCCCGGCCUUCAAUAUGAUCGGGCUUUUCUCCUGGAGUGCUCAUUUCUAUCCGAUUCUCGGCCCAAAAGGUUCUGACACCUACCUUUCCCCUGCUGAGUGGAAGGUUGUGCACGAGGAAAUCCUCCGACAGUGUGAUACCCUUGAUGGGGCAAAGGAUGGGAUCAUUGAAGAUACCGAUCUGUGUCAACCUAUACUCAGUCCCUUGAUCUGUGCUCCUGGCGCAAAGAACAAGACCUCUUGUCUCUCUGCUACCCAGGUCCAUGCUGCCCAGCAAGUCUUUGCACCUCUCUACGGACUCAACGGCACUUUACUGUACCCGCGCAUGCAGCCCGGAUCGGAGGAACUCGCUGCGCCUAUCAUGUACAAUGGCCAACCGUUCCAGUACAGCACUGACUGGUGGAAGUACGUGGUUUACAACGAUUCGUCUUGGCAGGGCGAAAAUUGGACGAUCCGGGAUGCCGCGGUCGCAAUGGCUCAGAACCCAUACAACAUUCAAACCUGGGACGGCGAUGUCUCUCCCUUCAAGAAAUCCGGUGGCAGAGUCUUGCACUACCAUGGCACGCAGGACCAACUCAUCAGCUCCGACAAUUCCAAGUGGUAUUACGCUCGUGUCGCCGAGACAAUGGGCCUACCACCAUCCAGCUUGGACGAGUUUUAUCGCUUCUUCCCGAUCAGUGGCAUGGGUCAUUGUGGUGGAGGAGAUGGCGCAUACGGAAUCGGCCAGGGUUUGAGCACGUAUGCUGGCACAGAUCCUGAGGAUAAUGUGCUGAUGGCCAUGGUUCGGUGGGUAGAAGACGGCGUGGCCCCAGAGACUGUUCGAGGUGCGAAAUUCGCCAACGGACCUGGCUCUGCGAUCGAGUAUCGCCGUAAACACUGUCGCUAUCCUAGACAUAAUGUGUUUGUGGGUCCGGGCAACUACACCGAUGAGAAUGCUUGGAGGUGCGUUUGA